GCGGCCGUGAGCAGCACCCCUUGCAGUCACCCGGCGUCCCUGCAACCUGUCCGAUCCGAGCCCCGUGGGAUGAUGCCAGUGCCCGCGGGCUGAGCUCCAGGCAGAGGGCCAGGGCAUCGCAGACACAUUCCUGAGGCCAGCAGGAUGGGCAAUGGCACCGUUGGGAAGGGCCCCCUCGGUUCAGAGGCCACACGUGCUGGUGCGCAGCUGGGCACAGGAGCUGCGGGGAACGGGGGCCGAGGCCAGAGGGAGCGGAGCGUGCCUUGGCAGCGCACCGAGGACACCACCGGCAUGUGAGCCCGGCGAGCAGGGACCGGGGACAGUGUGUGUGUGUGGGAGAGCACUGGCAGCACAGCUUGAGGACUCGGCUGUGCGGCGGGGGGAGCUGGCAGCGAGCGGGGCCCGGGGUGCGAGCACAGCGGAUACGCCGAGCUGGGGACGGUGCGGCUCCUGCCCGGGGACAGACGGGCACCGCGCCGUGGGACGGAGCAGGGCAGAGGACGCCGGUGACCAGGUCCAGCCCGUGGCGGGAUUCUCGCUCCCUGCGGCUGCCAAAACCGGCUCCAGGCCAGGAUGUGGCAGCGCUGAUUCAGAGGGAUGCAGCGUGUCCCGUCUCGCUGGCGCCAGGCCAGCCGGCAGCCCCACGGGGGUACACCGUGUCCCCCGGGGCUUUGUGAGGCUCCUGCCCACCCGCGGGUGCUGUGAGGGGGGGACACCGGGUUGCCCUGCAAGAGGACGGCGCAGAGAGUGUCCCAGGGAGCCGAGACCCUUCUCCACGCCGCAGUGCUGGUUCUGGGCUUUUCUCUAAUUCUCCAUGGCAGCAGCACAGGGUCCUGUGACCUGUGAGCCUGACACCCGUGUCCUCGGCACCUACCUCUCCUCGGAGCCCCUUGGCGUCGUUGGCAGCAUGGGCAGCGUGGGCAGCCUGGUGGAGAAGCAGGAUCUGUCCCCCCUGGAGCUGCGGGCCCCGCUGGGCGGCUCGCGGGGGCUCCGGCAGCCCGAUGGGCUGCUGCGGAAGGGGCCGAGCCAGCGGGAGCUCUUUGGGUACCUGCACGGGGCCAAGAAGGAGACGCGGUCGGAGCGGAAGCACCAGGUGUCGGGUGCCUGCUACAAGCGGGACUACGAGAGUGACCGCGAGAACCGGUCCCCUGAGCGCUGCUCCCGGGAGCAUCACCGUGGGGCUGACUUCUCCAAGAGCUCCCUGCCCGAGCGGGGCCGCUUCGACAAGUGCCGUAUCAGGCCCUCAGCCUUCAAGGCGGUGGCUGGGAAGGGGCUGGUCUCCAUGCAGGGCCUGUCCUCGUCCAAGGGGCAGAAGUUGUCCAAGAGCAAUGGGAGCCUGCACACGCUGCUGUCGCAGAGCAGCACAGCGGCCCCGCAGCACGGCCCGCUCCGCACCCACCUGCUCCACGCCAUCAGCCUGGAUGAGGCCUCUGACUCCAGCCACAACUCCAUCCAGAGCUUCCCAUCCUACGGCUCCCGCCUGAAGCCUGCCCAGAGCCAGUUCAGCGCCUCCAUGGGCCACAUCAACCACAUUGGGGGCUCCUUGGACAGGGUGUCCCGGAGCCCCAGGGACACCCUGGCCCCUGAGAAAAUGCCCCUGUCCUGCAAAAGCAUGGCCACCCUGAGCCGGCUGCAGAGCCCCAGCGAGCCCCCGCCGCCCUACGAGUUCUCCUACUCGCUGGAGGACGCGGUGAAGCAGCUGGAGGACCGGCUGCAGGAGACGGGAGGGGAGCUGCGGCAGCUCAAGAGGAGCCUCAGCGAGACUGAAGAUCCCUUCACACAGGCAUUUGAGGACAAGCAGCGGCUGUGGCUGGAUGAGCUGGAGGACCUGAAGCAGAUGUACAUGGCCCGGCUGCAGCAGGUGAUGCAGCAGGCGCAGCGCGGGCAGCGGGCGCUGCAGCUGCAGCUUUACAAGGCACAGCAGGAGAAGAAGCGGCUGCAGGAGGAGCUGAGCCUGCAGCAGUGCCAGUGCGAAGAGACCAAGCUCCGGCAGCCCCAGGGCGAGCAUGGCAGCCCCAAGCUGGAGGAGACCAAGUGGGAGGUGUGCCAGAAGGCAGCCGAGAUCUCCCUGCUGAAGCAGCAGCUCCGGGACACCCAGGAGGAGAUGGCUCAGAAGCUGGGGGAGAUCUUCAGCCUGAAGACGCAGCUGCGGGAGGCCAAGGCAGAGGUCCAGGCCAGGGACUCCCAGCUGGCACAGCUGGCAGACUCCUUCCAGAGCCCCCCGGAGCCCAGCACCUCACUGCCUCUGGGUGAUGACCCCAUGCCGUCGUGCCAGGACUUCCCUGGCUGCGAAACUGAUGACUCCAAGUGCCGGGGCCUCCAGAGCGACUCGGCGGAGCCCCUGGAGCGGCAGGUGGAGUGGCUGUGGGCAGAGCUGCUGCGGGAGCGGCGUCAGGGCCAGCUGCAGGCUGUGAACUUUGAGCUGGAGAGGAAAACCUGGCAGGAGGAGAAGGAGAAGGUGCUGCGGUACCAGCGGGAGCUCCAGGCCAGCUACAUGGAGAUGUACCACCGGAGCCAGGCGCUGGAGCGGGAGCUGCGGCAGCUGCGGGUGGAGCCCAGGGAUGUCGGCAUCGAUUCGCCCUGGAUCGAGCGGGUGGAGUCCUCCAAGAUCUGAGAGGCGGGAUGCCAGUGGGACUGUGAAGGGGGAAGGUCUCUUGCUGCUGCAGUGGGACGAUCUCAGGGUGUGCACAAGGACUGGCCCCGCUUGGCACUGCCCUGGGCUGAAGGACCAAUUGCGACAGGGGAGCUUUUCCUUCUUGCAGCACUUCAGGCCCUUCUGGUGGGGGUCUCUGGAGGGCGGGGGGUCAUCUGUGCCAGGGUGGGGGUCUUGCAUGUGCCCCAUGCUCUGAGUCCAGGAGCGUUUGCCCUGUGGUUUUUUCUGCCAUGGGGGCAGAAACCAAAUGCCCUGUGAGACAUUGCCUGUCCCUCCUGCUCUGCUGCUCCUGUUCCUACAACCCAGUAACUUAAUGUCUUGUGAGGAGAAGCUCAGGCCCUGUCCCCCCACCCCACUGCCUUGCUGUGGAAGUUGCAGCUACUGUUUCCAGUGGCUGCCUUGGCAGCAGGGCCCUGGAGUUGGUGGUGUGACAGGGGAGGCAGAGGAGGAAACCCCGAGGAGUUCUGGUGCUGCUGGGAAGGGGCAGCUGCCCCAGCACCUCUCCCAGGGCUUUCUGUGUCCCCAGUGUGGAACUGCUGUGCAAUGGAGGUGGCUGGUGCAGCUUUCUUUGGGCUGAGAUGGGGGAGUGCCUUGUGCAAGGAGGGAUGGGAACUGGUGCUCUGCCACACUGGGAGGAAUUGGGGUAGGAGAGAGGACUGGGGCAUGUGCCUGAGCUGGGGGAGAGGCCGGGGUCUCCCCUCCCAGAGUGGGUGACGGGGAGCUGGGGGAGCCCAGAGGUCCUGGAAGGAAAGAGCCCUGCUCUAUGCGUGUAACAGCACAACCACGUGAAGGCCGGGCCCGGCCCCGCACCCCGUUCCUGCAAUAAACCCGCAUUUCUCUC